CGAUCUCGCCGCAAAAAGUUCACGGCUCUCCUGCAGAUCCUCACAACUCCACAACGAAACGAUUAUCAUGGCGUCAAGGUUCAGUUCUACAACCCAACACCGGGACGCCCGCAGCGCCCUCUUCAGCACCUACGACCGCAGCACCUCGCCCUCGAAGUCGAAAUCAAAGUCCCCCGGCCGGCCCACAAGCGGUUAUGGCUACGGCUUCCCCUCCACCGCCGCGUCCAACGGUCCCGCCUUCUCGGCCUACCCCGGCGGCGGAGGCGGGAGUCCCAAUCUGAGCCCCGGCAUGGUUGGCUACCGGCCUGCGACGCCGAAUUCGCGCGGCCAGUACUCGGACGCGGUGCUGAGCGAGCUGGAGAGCCAGAACGAGGACCAGCUGGCGGGCAUGAGCGCCAAGGUGCGGAUGUUGAAAGACAUCACGGUGGCGAUUGGAGACGAGAUCCGCGACUCGACGGCCCUGGCGGAUAAGAUGAACAACUCGUUCGACAAUACGCGCGUGCGGUUACGGGGCACGAUGAAUCGCAUGCUGCGGAUGGCGGAGAAGACGGGCGUGGGGUGGAAGGUGUGGCUGGGCUUCUUUGCGGCCGUCAUCUUCCUGUUCUGGUAUGUGUGGUUGUUCUAGUCGAGCGAUAGGGCCCACGGGUUGGGCGCUGAGGGUAGUCGGGCGUUGGAUCGCGUGUACAUGACAGCUGGCGCUGGUGGACAGCGUUGUAUUAUAUGGGUCAUUGAGUGAGCAAGGCGUUCAGGCGUUGUACACGAGCAUCGUAUUUGCUCUUUUAAUUAUCAUGUCUGCAUUACAAUCCAUCGCUAUGCUCCGUUAACUCCGUAUCCCAUGCAGCUCGCCCCUAGAAUCGGAGCUUUGGCAAUAUGAACACAAUCGCAAAUGCGAUGAACCAC